GUCAAUGAGUGUGGAUGUAAGAGUGAGCUGUCACAGCCCAGACUGCGACAGCUCACCAGCAUGUUUACAGGUAUUACACACACAUAUAUAUGAGUGAAAACAAUUAUUAAAAUAUCACAGGAAUGGGGGAAGGAGAGCUUUUUUUGCCCAUGGUUGUAAACGUUUGCCUCAGAAGCAAGUUGGUUACUCUAACUUGGGUAGAGUGACUGAAAUGGAGUCGACAUGGUGUAACUUUCUUUCAGCGGUGUCAACUAAUAUGGUAUAAAAUUUUCGAGAGACGGUAGAAAACAUAUUGCAUACCCCAAAAGGAGCGAGUCGGUAAAUUCCACUAUUUCUAAACUUUUCAAGGUUAGGGGAAACUCACAAGAACAAUAACAGGAUAAGAACAAUUCGUGUCCUUGAACAGUAUCCUAUUCGCGUGAUUUAUUUUAACGAUCAGUCACUGGUCACAGGUAGACUUUGGAAAUCGACGUAAAAUUGACAACUAGUCGAGCACGUGGGUAUGUACGGAAUUCACGUGAUUUGGUUGUACUGGUUGGUCACUGGUCAAGUGGACUUUAGAGCGUGAAUUUCACCAGAAAUUUCCCUAAGAUGUUUACUAUCGGUCGGUUAAGUACAAUGUACAAACUAACUAAACAUUUUACUUAGGAUCUCUGUAACCACCGAACACUUUAAAGGGAAAUUGGUCGCCAGAUGGCUUUCUUCCGUGUAUAUUCGAACUUGUAAUCACGCGAUCAAAGAAAUGGCAGCAGGUUUGUCGGAGACUAUAGCCCAGAUUUACCAACGACAAUCUGUUCACAAGUUAUGUCGUGUUCUUUCAAAACGUCAAGCAAGCUAUCGGGGAGAUCAUUCUCCGCACCGAAUGAAGAGAGCCAGGGGUUUGAUGCACUUGCCUUCUUGGUGGAAUUCUUACUUUUAGCGGGCAUAGUGAAAGGUGAAAAAGACUAAAGAAAAACUGAAUACUAAAUAACUAAGCUAGAACGCUGUCUGAAUAGAACUGAGGAGCUAUCACAUGAUCAAGCAUUAAUGUCCAUGAGCGCGUUAAUGAAUAACUACUUCAUAAAUUAUACCGCUAUUGGCCAAAUCCAAUACCAUACAUUUAUCUUUCUAAUACCUGCGUAAUGGACCAGAUGACAGUUAGUAAGAAUAGAUCAAAAAAAUCACGCAUCAAUAACAAAAUAUUUUUUGAUGCGACACUUGUUUUUCAACUUCUCAGGUCUUAGACUGAAAGUGUUGUGUCACAGUCAACGAGUAGAAUUGAUAUUUCGCUUUUGGGACAAAAACACGUUUAAACAAGAUUAAAUUUGGUUAAACAUUUAAGGAUACAAAUAAGGGGAAGAAGUUUAACACAACUUUUCGAUGACUCCAUGUCAUCAUUUUCAAGUGAAGAGAGAAUGCGAGGUGAUAAAACGUAAAGUUGUAAAAGUGUACGUGUAAAUGGUGACGAAUUUAAAUAAUUAGUUUUGUGCAUACGGGAGUCUGAUUGUGUGUUUGUUGUCGGCAAGGUCGCCGAUGAUUUCCAGACCUCGCAUAUUAAGUUAUCAAUUUUAUUCUCUCUUCACGUGAAAAUGAUGACAUGAUUCAUCGAAACGUUGUGCAAAACUUCUUUCGCUUAAUUUUAUCCUUGCAAACACGUUUGCGUUACCAUUACAUAAUACCAGUUUUCUCAAAACCACGAGCUGUGUUAUUAAAAUAUCAGACUGUUGUAUAAUGCCUUUAUUAGGGGCUUUUUUGGUUAAUAUAAACAGUUUUAUAAUAUGCGGUAUUCCCCGUGUGUUGAUGAUACUUCACUAAAACUUGCCUUCUGCCUAUCAACGAGAGCCGGCGUAGCAUAGUAUAUGUAAUAUGAAUGCAUUUUGUAAACUUUGCGGCUAUAAAACCCCACUUGGACUGCUAAGACUGUACGGACUGUCGCUUACUACGUCUGUGUCCAUUUGAACUCUUAAUUAUAUCUCCCUGUUUUUGCUUUGUCUUGCAUGUUUUUUUUGCAAAAUAGUAAAGAGAAAAUUACCGCUUUAGGUGUGCAAAGCCUGUUUUUAUUCGCGUAGCAAAUAAUCCUGAAUCAAAAACUUUGUGAUAUGCUUAAAACGCUUCUUACUUAUCAGGAUUGUUGAAUUCUUAACAGCAGCUGUUGAAUCUCUAGAUUUCCUCACGCACUCCGGUUGAUACCGAGAAACUCAGAACUUUACUUUAGAAGGAAAAUGAACGCGCGUUGUGUUUACCACGUUAUUCGCUGCAACGAGAAACAGAAGUUGGUUGAACCAUCAUUUUGAAAGUAAUGAAAAUUUGCUGGUUAAAAGAGAACAAAUGCAGAAUACUAAAAUCAACAAAAUUUGAUUUAAUUAAUGUUAAUGUGCUUAAAAGCAAAAUAGCUUUUACUCGUCAAAAACGGGCUUUCUCGUUACUAAGCAUAAUGUGUAUUAUCAGUUGUAUGAAGCAGUGUAAUUUUAAGAACGAGUCGAAGAUAGUAGCAUUUUUGUAUGCCUUCCAUUGAAUGAAAUGAACGAAUGAAAGACUUCAUUCAACUGUCAAGGCGUUAAGCUUUGAAUAAACGUACUGAGGACACUUUUAAUAAAAAUAGUUCAAAAUAUACAUAAUUGCUUCAUUUCGAUCAAAAGAACGCUUCUAUAUCACCUAGUCGAUUUAUUAUUUAAAAAGAACGUAAUACUAAUAAAAAUGCCAAUAAAGUAAGUGAAAAUUUUGGCAAUACAGUGUAUGCGUGUGAUAUAAAAUGAUUAUAACCAACCCUACAUUUCGCGAGUCUUUGCCUGUCUGUCACCUCUUGCUGAGCGUGCGACUUACAGGUUGAUUGAUAAAUUCUUCGCCUCCUCCUUGACAACGCAGUAUAAAAUAUUCCAAAAUACCAACUUCUGAACUGCUAGCAAACCUCAACUGACUGGAAAAUCCCUUAAUCCUGAGCGUUAAAGCCUUAAAGAAAUCCUCUUUGUAACUCCAAACACCCGAACUUGUCAGUAUCGAUUGCCUAUUACGUUUGUCUUUGAUUAACAAAUAGAUGGUCCUAGACUGUUUACACAAAGGUAGUGUUUUGUUAGUGUCAACCAUAUCAACCGACCAGUUUUUUUGUUUUAUUUUUUGAAGAGUCCCAAAUGGAUUAUUUUCCCAACUUUAGCGCUCUUUUUUAACUGUAAAGUCGUGUCCCAGUAUCGGAAAAGUUUUCGGUGGUCGAGUGGGCUAGAAUUUUUGAAUAUCAAUCAACCACCUUAUCAGAAAACGAAAACUGUUUCGUACUGGGGGGUGUCUUAAACAGUGAUAGCUACUGAUAAAACGUGUUAAGCAAUACCAACAGAAGACGUAGGAAAGAACGAAAAAGCUCGUCAAACAUAGUGCGAAUAAUCCUAAUAUUUAGACAUAAUUAGGUUUAGAUAUGAUGUCAGUUUAUUUUAUUAUUAAUAAGGGUUCUUUCGUUAAAUUUUCUAAAUUGUAAUUCCGAAUUAGCUUGAAAAUACCUCCUGCAUAUCUUCCCGUCAAUAAUAUCAUCUUUUAAUGGAUAGAUAAUGUUUGAAGUCACCAGUGAGUUCCCCUUGUUUACGGUUAAGAACAAUUUCUAAUAAUUAGAACGACCACUGUGUUUGGUUUUUAGUACUACUUGGCGUUCAGUGAUAAAGGAAUCCUCCAGCUUUUGAUAUGAAAGUUACUUCUUCCAAAUUAGAAUUUUUCACUCUUUCAGGGAAACGAGGCUCAAAAGCCCUUCUGCAUAGUGAAGCUGUAGCUUCAUCGCUCCAUACAAAAUUAAUUCUAACGUUGCUCUUAAUAUUGAAUUUUUAAGUAUUAAUUUGUUUGGCUGAAUUGAUUUUGUACAGGUGCCACUUGAAAAGAGCAGAGUUUUGAAAAGAUACAGUUCAGUAGUCUAAAUAAGAAGAAUAUGGAUUACUAUUUUCUCUGACACACCAGAAGAUGUCGUUUGGUCUCGUGCAAAAAUAUCAUAAGAAUAGUUUUACUAACCCGCCAGAGACCACGUUCAAUUAAACUCGUAUUAUACGUCGCUUAAAAUGGAGUGUAUUAUCCAAAAACUUUGAAGAGAAUUAGUGUAGUUCCAUUGAUAUCCCUCGUCUUAUGGUUAAAGAUAUUUCACUCUUAUUUAACACAACAAAAGAAGUAGAUUCUUGACGGAUCAGUUUAAAAGAUUGUCAAGGUAACCAUGCAAAAUAGAUCAAAAGCUCGCGCACGCCUGGUGUGUUACUGAUGUGCCAUCGCCAAGAUAUUUGAAGGUUUGGAAAAGAAUGUUUUCCAAUAUUAAGAACUUCUAAUUCGUUUACGCAAAACAUUAGCCGCCUUCUUCAUCCAAGGCAGGAGGUUUAAGACGGCUAAACGCCCGACCAGAAAAGAAAUACUUUUCCCGCCAGUACACAAUAGAACGAUAAGAACGGCUUCAGAAAAAAAGAAGGCUAAGGUGGGCUAUCUAAAAUGUACAGUAGAGUCAAACUGAAGGACUCAUCGCAAUUAAUGUCAGUUCUACUAGUCGUGGUUCUCCUACAAGGAAUACAGACGACCGAUGCCUUUGGAUAUGACUUAGAGAACACAUUUGAGACAGAGGUGGACAGCCUUGUGCAACUGGAAAAUCAGCGGUCACUGAGGAGUUUGGAGGAAAGGUCACCGCUGACAAUAACAGCACCUGUACCUAAACCUGAUCAAGGAAUAAACAAAGUUUUUCUUCAACAAGCCCUUGGCAGUAUUCUGCGUAAACGAGGCUAUGGAGCCUCUACAGAUGCUUGUUUCAGAUUCCUGGAUCAACUCCAGAAGAGUUGUGACGAUUUCAAUUCCACUGUGACUAAAAGAGACUGUUUCUCUAAUUGUGUGCCCAUGAAAACAGAUGGUAUUUGUUACAAACUAUGGGAACCCGAAUUAUACGGAGAAACUUACAUUCAGACAGAAAAGCGCUGGUACUACCGCCCAGCCACCCAGACCUGUUUACAGUUCAAUUACGGUGGUUGCCUUGGUAACGAAAAUAACUACAUCAGCCUGGAAGACUGCCAAUCAGCAUACAACUGUGAGUAUACCUUAAAGAAAAUAAAUAAGUACUUAUGGAAUGAAUAAAGUUCAUAGUAAAUUCUUGUUAAGGGGUGCUCUCUCUUUCAGGAGGCAACCAACCAACCAAACCACCAGUCAUUCAAUCCAUCCAUCCAUCCAUCCAUC